GUAACCUUGAUUAUAAAUAAAAGUGACAGUUGAAUUGAGUUUUAUUAAUUUUGUUUCAUUUACGAAUUAAUUUUAAUACCAAGAAGAUAUCUUUCAACGUUUUGUGAUAGUUUUAUUAUAAAUUCCGCUAUUUGGCGAGAUUGUUAUCGGUAAUUCAGUUGUUGUAAAUCUAAAUAAUAGAAAUAUGUCGGAAUUGUUAUCGGUUCCUUUGAAAAAACCGAGUGAUGUGGACAUAAUUACACCGUUGAAGAACCUCAUCCAGUCUCGAUACAGCACCGCAGACAAACCCGAGGAUUGUUCUGAAGCUGUAAACGAAUUUUCGAAGCUCAGAAACAACGCUAUAUGGAAGGCGUUCGAGAAAUACGAGAGCUCAUUGGAGAUUAUUUACGGAUAUUACGAUCAACUCGUCGCCUUAGAAUCCAAAAUCCCGCCUAACGAAUUGCAAGUUCCUUUCAAAUGGAAGGACGCCUUCGACAAAGGAAACCUCUUCGGUAGUCGGUUGAGCCUAACUAUCUCUUCGUUGAGUUAUGAAAAAGUAUGCAUUCUUUUCAACAUCGCUGCUUUGCAGAGCAGCGUCGCCUCUGCUCAAAGCGUAGAAAACGAUGAAGGGCUCAAAUUGGCUGCUAAAUUAUUACAGCAAGCCGCUGGUAUAUUCAACCACCUGAAAUCCACGGUGAUGCUUUCGAUACAACAAGAUCCCACUCCUGAUUUGAACCCGGACACUUUAGGCGCCCUUUCGCAGCUGAUGUUGGCUCAAGCUCAGCAAAUAUUCGUUCACAAAGCAAUACACGAUAAUAUGAAAGAUUCGAUCGUCGCUAAAUUGGCUUGCCAAUGCGAGGAUUUAUACGCCGAGGCCUUAAAAACCUUCCAAAGGGAGAACUUGAAGCAUAUUUGGGACAAGGAAUGGAUUCCUUUGAUUGCAGGUAAACAGGCGGCUUUAGGAGCAAUCGCUGAGUUCUACCAAAGUUUGGUUUGCAAGGCAGAUAAAAACGUCGGCAAAGAAAUAUCCAGAUUACGAAGAGCUAACGAGUUGCUUAAAGCUGCAGUAAGCCGAUCAGGUCGCAACCUCUUCAGCGAAAUAUCAUCGAAAAUCGAACGUAACCUCGCCGAAGCGGUCAAAGAUAACGAUUUCAUCUACCACGAAAUCAUACCGGACAUCAAAUCCAUGGAGUCCAUCGGCAAGGCCCAACCGGCCAAAGUUCUACCUCUAGCCCAGCCGAUGAGCCAAAAAUUCAACGAUCUAUUUGUUGAAUUAGUGCCGGUGGCCGUACACCAAGCGCUGGCCUCGUACGACAUCAGAAAAACGGAGAUAGUCAACACGGAAAUCACCAAACUGAGGGAAUCCACUCAGAUGCUGAACGGUCUGCUGGCCAGCCUGAAUUUGCCCGCCGCUAUCGAAGCCACAGGUGACGGCUCGGAAAUACCGCCUUCUAUACUAGAAAAAGCCAACGCUGUGGCCUCGCUAGGCGGCAUAAGCGAGCUGGAGAGAAUGAUCACCGAACUCCCCGAGCUGCUCAAACGCAACCAGGAUAUAUUAGAUGAAACCGAUAGAAUGCUGGACGAGGAAAAGGCUUCGGACGAUCAAUUACGUAGCCAGUUCAAGGAGAAGUGGACCCGGACUCCUUCCGAUAAAUUAACCGAAAUGUUCAGAUCGAAUUCGGCCAAAUAUAGGCAAAUCAUUAACAAUGCCGUGCAAGCCGACAAAACGGUGAGAGAGAAAUUCGAAGCUCACAGACAAGGCAUGGAGCUGUUGAGCAAAGGCGCCGAGGCCAUCGGCACCGCUUUGCCCAGCGGUGGAUCCGAGAACGUCGAGAAUAAUUCGGCCGUGCAAACUUUAAGGCAACUAAUGGAAGAGGUCGAAACAAUCAAAGCCGAACGUGUUACUAUUGAAUCGGACCUUAAGAAUCCCACUACCGACAUGAAGGACGUCUUUUUGAGCGCUUUGAGUAAAGACGGUGCCAUUAACGAGGCGGCUAUAUCGUUUGAAAAUCUCGGUAAAACCUAUGGUGGUCUGCAGAAACAGGUGGCUGAAAGCAUCGAGAAGCAAGGGCCGUUGGUUCAGAGAAUACAACAAGCCCAUUCUCAAUUUAUAUCGGAAAGAGGCUCUACAGCAGGAGGUAGAGAGCAAAUGAUGUGCUCGUUGGCUUCGGCCCACGACGCUUUCAGGGAUUUACAGAACAAUUUGAUGGAGGGCACUAAAUUUUACAACGAUCUUACUCAGAUGUUGGUGACUUUCCAAAACAAAGUUUCCGAUUUCUGCUUCGCCAGAAAGACCGAGAAAGACGAACUAAUGAAGGAUUUGACGCAAGAGAGCAGUCGAGCCACGUCUAUUCAACCCUCAACUCCCACUUAUCAUUCAGAACCUCCGAAGCCGAGCGAGCCGACGCCUGCACCCCCGAGUAGCGCUCCGCAGGCGCCCCAGGGUUAUCUACCUUACCCCGUACAAGCGACAGGAAUGCCCGUACCGUACGGUGCUACACCGAACGUUCCUUAUCCGACCUACGUGCCUCCCCCUAUGCCUCAAGGAUACAAUCCUUACGGAACGAUUCCCUAUCCUUCUUCUUAUCAAUUCCCUCAAGGCCCGCCUGGUGGGAGUUACCAGAACGUCCAGCAUGCGGCGCAGGCUCCGUUCCCUCAACAACCGCCGGGCGGUUACCAACAGGGGGCUUAUCCGCCCGGCGCUUACCCGCCCGGUUCUUAUCCGACGUGGCGUUGAAAAUUGUUAUUCUUUGCAUUUCUAUUCAAUUAGCUCGUAAAAUCGUAACCGUAGAAAUGUUAAGCACAAUAUUUAACAGCUGCGUGCAAGAACGCUUGCGAAUUGUUGGGAUUUGUUUGAACUAUGAUUAUAUAUUUUUGUAAUUGGAUUUGAAGUUGUUGGAUGUUUUUUGUAACAAACUUUCUUGCACUUGGUUGUUGGUUGUAUUUUUUUUAUUCUAACAAUUAAUUCUGUACUCGUUUAUCAAGUGGCUUUUAGCUUUUAGAACAAUUUAUAUUAUAUGGAAAAACGUUUAUUAUAUUAAAAUAUGAUUUAGGUUAAUUUCAAUUACUUUAUAAAAAAAUAUAUUCUACCUGUCGUAA